CCAGCCCGCUGACGGCGUCCUCUCUGCCGCAGAUGGGCCCGUGUCAGUAGCCGGCUGGUCGCCGCCGGGGUCCGCGCAGCAGGUGGAGGUGAACGUGACGCACGCCACCGUGAGGCCGGUCGAGGAGUGCUCCAGGAUCACGUCGCAGGAGACGCUGCUCGCCGACACGCUGUGCGCGCAGCCCGUUGAGCCGUUCCUGGACAAAUGCGCGUACGACCUCGGGGACCCCGUCAUCGUGGAGGGUGACAAUCCGCUGCUCGUCGGCGUGCUGUCGCGCUGGUACCAGCCGUGCAGCCCCGAGCGCCCGGUCGUCGCCAUCAAGAUUAGCGUCGCCUACGCUUGGAUCUUCGAAAAGGUAAACCCCCAGCCCGUGACGGCCAGGCCUCCCCACCCGGCCACGUCGGAGGCGGCCCCCCCGGCGCCGAGCCCGACCCCGUGGCCGACGUGGCCGCCGCAGCCGACUGCGCCCACCCAAGUGACCGUCGCGUCGCCUCCGACGGCGUCUCCGACCCCGGCAUCGCCCUCACCCGUGACCUGGCACACCAUGCCCACGCCGCCGACCGUGCCGACGACGCCGACGCCACCCACGCCGCCGACGAUGCCAGCGCCACCGCCGAGCCCGCCGACGCACCGGCCGACGACGCCGACUCCACCGGCGCCAGAGCCCUGGCCGCUGCCGACCGGCGUGUACCCGGGGUCAUCGUCGACGCCCGCGACCCCCGCGACCGCCGCGACGCCUACGACGCCGGCGACACCGGCGACGAGCCGGCCACCGCUGGGGCUGGGUCACGUCCGGCCCAUGACGGUCAGCAGCUCGUCCGCGUCGGGCGCGCUCACCAACACGACGAGCACCUCCGACGUGGCGCUCAACCCGGGCCACUCCGAGUCCAGCCUGUCGUACUCGCUCGGCACGGCCGGCACCGAGCCGGGGAAGCCCGCGCUCAGCAACUCGGUGAGCGUCGGCUGGUCCAACUGCAGGGACACGGGCGGCGCCCUCGGCAUGUCCUACGCGCUGUCCUACUCCUUCCUGGGCGAGGGCGCCGCGUCGGCCGCGUCCACCGUCAACGCCACCUGCCUGGACAUGAACGCCGUGCAGUCGCAGGGCUGGAGCAUCAGCACGUCGGGGGCCUCGGCGCCCGUCGGCGUUCGCUCCUUCAUCACCGAGCACUUGGCUUCCAUCCCGGGGCUGCCCCGGCAGCCCACCCUCAAGUACCUGUAAUCACCUCCCCUCACUUAGACCAGCAAACAUAUUUCUUAUAGACGCGGAGGAAAUAAUUGAGGCCUUUUUAAAAAAUCAAAUAGGAGACACAAACGUGUGUUCUCUCUCCCCCCCGGGUCCCACACGAGGACGAGGGGUAAACAACUGACCAUUUCUGGUGUACACCACUAAUUCAAUUCAAAUUCAGUUCAGACCAAUUCACACUCUGUAUUGCAGACCAAAAAGUAAUUCGUAACCAUUUUGUACACCUAAUUCAGAGUUGUUUACCCGUCGGUCCUGCAGGUCCCCGACCUUGUUCCCGCGCCGGCCCCGGCGCCGUCCCAGGCGCCACCCGCCGGCCCCGGAUCUCCCGGCUUCUGGCCCGAGUCGCUAUGUUGCGGGCCCUGGCUGCCCUGGAAGCCCAAGCCCGGCCCCGGCCCCGGUCGCUAGCGCGCUGGAAGAAGAGCCCAAAACCAAGUGUGGGACGCGUCCGUGUCGCCCCUCCUGCAGCAAGACACCUUCAAUGGCAGUAGUGUGACGAGUAGUGUGAUCCCGCGGGGCGAAAUAAGAAAAGACGCACCUCUUUA